UGCAGAUUAUCAUUGUCACACUCCAGCACAGUAGGUGGCGGUAUGCACCUUUACAGUUGGUUUGCAACCCGCCAGUAAACCCACAAAAGAAGAAGAAGAACAGACAAAAGCGCGGCAAUGUGGUGUCAGCAAAGGCCCCGCCCUCUCUAGCUCACCUGCAACUAGUCUCAAAAGGUCUGUACAAUCUUAACUAGGUCGAAAUCAGGACAAGCGAGUCGAUAUACUUCAGAAACAAUCGUCAUUCUUGAAACAUCUUCAAACUUCUGAGUACGAGAAAUCAGAAGAAUGGCAGAUUCUUCUUUUGAUGAUCUCAAUUCUUUUAACUGCCCGGUCUGUCUUCAUCUUCUGAAGGACCCGAUCACUACAGCAUGUGGACACAGUUUCUGUAUGAACUGCAUUACAGAGUGCUGGGAUCAGGAUGAUCAGAAGGGAGUUUACAGCUGCCCACAGUGCAGGCAGAUAUUCACUCCCAGACCGGUUCUCAACAGAAGCACAGUGCUAGCUGAACUCGUUGAGAAAAUGAAGAGAGAAGAACCAGCGACUGAAAACAAACCUCCACUGUGUUCUGCUGAGUCUGAAGAUGUGGAGUGUGAUGUCUGCAUCAGGACCAAACUAAAGGCCAUCAAGUUUUGUCAGAUGUGCGUGGCUUUUUACUGUGAAUAUCACAUCCAAACUCAUUAUACAUCUCCUGCACUGAAGAGGCACAAACUGGUCAAUGCUUCGCCACAUCUGCUGGAGCAGAUCUGCACUCAGCAUGAUAAACCACUGGAGCUGUACUGUUGCCAGAAGUUGAUCUGUGUCCAGUGUGCUUUAAUUGACCACCAGAACCAUAGUAUAGUCUCACCUGCAACAUCAAGAAAACAAAUUGAGGGGCAGUUGAGAUCAAAUCAGGAAAACAUACAACUGGAAAGGAAUCAGCGAGAAAAUAAGGUACAGGAGUUAAGAGAAGCCAUGGACUCUCAUAAGGAAUCUGCAAAGGCAGCAGUGGAGCAGAGUGAGGCGAUUUUUGCUGAUAGGAUCAGAACCAUGAAGAGAAAAAGAGAGGAGAUAACAAAGAUGAUCAAAAAUCAAGAGGAAGCAGAAGAAAGUGUGGUGAAGAAGCAUAUAGAUUCAUUGGAACAAGAAAUCAGUGAUCUAAUAAAGAGACAUGAUGAACUGGAGCAGAUUUCAGAGAUAGAGGAUGAUAUACAUUUUAUCCAGAAGUUUUCCUCUCUGUCCCAAUUCCAAUUUUCAAACUUGCACAACAUCACUGUAAACCAACAUCUGACAUUUGACGAAAUACAGCCAAUUCUCUCUGAGCUGAAAAGUCAACUGGAUGAUCUGUGUGAACAAGACACUGUCAGGAUAUCAGAAAAAGUUCCCACUGUCCACAUAAUGGAAAGCCAGAAUGUGCUCACAAAAUAUUUGCCAUCUCAACCCAAGACUAGAGAAGAGUUUCUUAUCUAUUCUUCAUUAUUAACUCUGAAUGCGUCAUCAGCCUGUUAUCAGCUCUCAGUAGGUGACAAGUCUGUGUCAAGAAAGGAUAAAUCCACAGAUUACUAUUACAGUAGGCCUAUAGCUACAUACAAGGUAUUGUGCAAAGAGAAACUAUCUGGACGCUGUUAUUUUGAAGUUAACUGGAAAGGAUCUGGUUGUUCUAUUGGAUUCUCAUAUGACAACAUCAGUCAAGGGGCAACAACUUCUUUUGGAUCUAAUAAAAGAUCCUGGAGAUGUGACUUUACAACAGUUAAUGUUUGUGAAAUCCAAAAUGGCAAAACAACUAACGUUCAGUUUGUCGCAAAAAUUGGUGUGUUUCUUGAUACGGAGGCAGGAACUCUGUCCUUUUAUAAUGUCUCUGACAAAAUGACCCUACUUCACAGAAUCCAGACCACAUUCACUGAGCCUCUUUAUCCUGGGUUUUCUUUUGAGAAGUGGGGCAAUAAUUCAUCAGUGACUAUUUUGUAGAUGUAGUCUUCAUCACCAGAGAGAGAUCAUGCAUGAACCAUAUGUACAAUUUUGUGUUAGCCAUGACAAAAAGAAAUUGUUGAAUAUGGGCUAUGUUCAGAGGCAGUGAUUUACUUAGUACAAAGCUUUUAUAUAUCCAUAUAUCCAACUUAUUUUAUAUUUAGAGGUGGCACAGGGAGAAAGGAGCAUCAUCGGCCAGAUAGCAGGGACACAUUUUCUUCACCCAAAGACAGGCUAAAUAAGUUCACUUAUAAGUUUAGCAAAACCCUUUGCAGUACAUUAAAAUGUAAAUUUGAAUUAAUAAAAUCAUUUGCAGGAUACAUUUGCGUUAAUGUUUGUUAGAAAAUGUAAUUAACGAAAAUAUGGAUCAUAAAAUUAACAGAAUUGAUUCUUUUUGUGCUGUUUUUGAAGAAAAAUGCAUGUGCCCUUAGUGAACGCUAAAUAGAAAACAUGGUGUUCUCCUUAAUUGUGGUAAUUGUAUUGACCUUCAUAAUAGGGUAUAUCAUGAUAAUCCUCUUGUUUUGUGUCAUACUGUAUACUGUAGUAAUGUUGGCUGUUCAAAAAGGGAAUUUAUUAUUAUUAUCACUGGAGAAUUACAAAAAAUAAAGUGAACAUUUUGUAUAGUGUGGAAUAACUUCUUUUUUACAGUUUGAACUUUGGAAAAAAAUGUUCCGUUAUAGAUGUGUCUAUGCU